AUGUUGCGCAGACUAGGAAUCCUAAUAGGCUUGCGUGGCUGUCCAAGCUUGUGCUUUGGUCUAGGCAACGAUAGCUCUUUCUCCAACUUGACAGGCUCCUUCUCGUUCUCCUUGUCGGAACCUCUGUUGGAAAGGCUCUCUUCCUCUGUUGGUUUCUCCUCGAUGGCGGCUGGUUCGUCCUCCUCGAACUCGAAAUCGCAAGUCAAAUGCUCCACCUUCAGCAAAGAGUUCUUCAUAGACUCCAAAUCCCUGUUGUUUGGGUCGAUGGUCAAACUAGAUCUCAAAACCGAAAACAAGUCGAAACUCAUGGACGGGAAAAUGUCAAACAGAGUCUCUCUGUUGGCAGCAAAAUGCAAAAACAGCCUGUCGCUGGAACUGGCCGAGUUGAAUGGCGACUUUCCGAAAACAAUGUUCAACAGACAAAUCCCAAGAGACCAGAUGUCCACCUUGUCGGCGCUGUACGUGUCGAUGUCCUUGUGGUCCAAUAGCUCGGGAGCCAUGUAG